AAGGGCUUUACUAGGGACAGCUGUGCUUGUUCACUGGGGUGCGUUUCUGGGAAGGUGAGUACCGGUGAAAGUUACGCUGAAGGUGAGUAAACUCAAAAACUGGCACUUGAUUCAGCUAUUGGAAAGUUUUUUUAAUAUGGUUGUAACAACUGAGAACUUGGCAGGAUGAAGACAAAGUGUGUGAAAGGUCUUAAAGAUGAAUACGAAUUUAGAUUCCAUUCAUCGAUUAAUUGAAGAAACACAGAUCUUCCAGAUGCAGCAAUCAUCAAUUAAGUCACGUGGUGACAUGGUGACACCUGCCUCACCCCCCAGGGAUACCUGCUUCCCACUUCAUGGGCUACAAUCCCAUGCUGCUCAUAAUUUCUGUGCACACUCAUGUAACCCCAACAAAUGGGAUAUUUGUGAAGAACUUCGCCUGCGGGAGCUCGAAGAAGUCAAGGCCAGAGCUGCUCAGAUGGAAAAGACCAUGCGGUGGUGGUCAGAUUGCACUGCCAACUGGAGAGAAAAAUGGAGUAAAGUUCGAGCUGAAAGGAACAGUGCCAGGGAGGAAGGAAGACAACUCAGAAUAAAACUAGAGAUGGCGAUGAAAGAAUUGAGUACACUGAAAAAGAAACAGAGUUUGCCACCUCAGAAGGAGGCAUUAGAAGCUAAAGACAUCCAGGAUCUGAAGCUUCCUGGUUUCACAGAAGAAUCCUGUGAACAUAGAGACCGAUUUCAAGUGAGUUCACAAAUGUAUGAGUCCAUCAGAGAGUGUUUGGUAAAAAGACAAUUUCCUACAAAGGAGCACACAAAUAAUAAGGAAGAAGAUGUGGUUAUUGAUUCUCUAAAAUUAAGUGAGGAAAUGAAACCCAAUCUAGAUGGUGUUGAUUUAUUCAACAAUGGUGGUUCUGGAAACAGUGAAAUGAAAGCUGGGCUGAGACUGAAAGCAAUAAAUCUGCCUUUGGAAAAUGAAGUAACUGAAAUUUCAGCUUUGCAGGUGCAUUUGGAUGAAUUCCAAAAAAUCUUAUGGAAGGAAAGAGAAAUGCGCACAGCUUUGGAAAAAGAAAUAGAGAGACUGGAGUCGGCUUUGUCUCUAUGGAAGUGGAAGUAUGAAGAACUGAAAGAAUCAAAGCCAAAACAUGUGAAAGAGCUUGACAUUCGUCUUGGUCAACAUAAUGAUGAAAUGGAAGAACUGUCAGGCAAUGUAAAGGAAGAAUCUAAAUCUCAAAACAGCAAAGACAGAGUGAUUUGUGAGUUAAGAGCAGAGCUGGAGAGAUUGCAAGCUGAAAACACCUCGGAGUGGGACAAGAGGGAAAUACUUGAAACAGAAAAGCAGGGACUGGAGAGAGAAAAUAGAAGGCUGAAGAUCCAGGUGAAAGAAAUGGAAGAGCUCUUGGAUAAGAAAAUUAGAUUAAGUGCAAACUCUCAAAGUCCUGAUUUCAAGAUGUCACAAAUUGACCUGCAAGAAGAAAACCAGGAAGUAUUGAACCAACAUGCCUACUAUAAACUAAGCAGACCAUACCAGGCAAAUACUGCAGAACUGACUCAUGCAAACAGCCGAGUGGAUCAAAGUGAGGCAGAAGUAAAGAAACUAAGAUUACAAGUGGAAGAACUAAAGCAGGGACUCAACCAAAAAGAAGAUGAGGUACUACUUUAUAAGUGAACAUGUACUGAAUAGCUUCUAAAUAGUAUUUUAGAGCACAUCUAAAGAUUGUCUCCCUUAUUAACAUAUGGCAUUAAUGGGACUAUAAAUAUUCAUAUCUUAAA